GGGCGGCUCGGCUGGCGUUAGCGCCUGGCGUGGAGGAGGCCCCGGGCCGGGGGAGCGGCCCGCCCUCCGGGCUUGCAAGGACAGCCCGAGCUGGCGGGGGCAGAGCCGGCCCCUGCCCGUGUCCGGAGUCGGGGAGAGAACCGGCCCUGUGCGGGAGGCGACCAGCGUGAGCGAGGAGCUGGCGGGGGGGGGCCCGCCCCCGGCAUCCCGGAGCGGUGGGGGGGCCGGUCCUUUGGGCUCGUGACUGUGAACCUGGGGUGGGGGAGAGGCUGAGACUGAGCCCCAAGGACUGGGGAGUUAGGGGUACCUGGAAACGGCGUGAAGCUGAUCUCUAGGGGUGCUGAGUGCUUGGCUGGGGCUGAGACAGCUGAUCCCGGGGACUGAGAACUAAGGAAUAUGGGGAACUAACUUGCCAGGCACCUUGGAUGAGGAGGGCUGACUCCCUCCCACCCCCCAGAGACCCUGAGGUGGGAGGACCUUAGCCCUGGACAGGGGUUGGGAAAGGAGACAGUUCCUUUAGUGUGAGAAGCGUUUCUUCCCCUGAUGGGUUCUGGUUGAUCUUUUCAGUUUUGGGGUUGGGGGAAGGGUUCCCUUUUCCAUGUCCUUUCACUCCACCUAUAAAUAUGAUCAGCGCCCCUGAUGUGGUGGCUUUUACCAAAGAGGAAGAGUUUGAAGAGGAGGCAUACAAUGAACCAUCCCUGCCCGAGGAGUACUCUGUGCCACUGUUCCCCUUUGCUAACCACGGUGCCAACCCCUGGUCCAAGUUUUCAGGCUCCAGGUUCACCAAGGACUUCAUUCUCAUCUCCGAGUUCUCAGAGCAAGUGGGCCCGCAGCCUUUGUUGACCAUCCCGGAUGAUGCCAAAGUCUCUGGCACUUUUGAUCUGAACUAUUUUUCCCUCCGGAUCAUGUCUGUGGAUUAUCAAGCCUCCUUUGUGGGGCACCCUCCUGGAUGCUCCUACCCAAAGCUAAACUUUGUGGAGGAUUCCAAAGUGGUGUUGGGAGAUUCCAAGGAAGGAGCUUUUGCUUAUGUGCACCAUCUAACUCUUUAUGACCUUGAAGCUAGAGGCUUUGUGAGGCCUUUCUGCAUGGCGUACAUUUCCACUGACGAGCACAAAAUCAUGCAACAGUUUCAGGAGCUCUCUACAGAGUUCUCCAAAGCAUCAGAGUGCUUAAAGACUGGUAACAGGAAAGCUUUUGCCAAUGAACUUGAAAAGAAACUGAAAGACCUUGAUUACACCAGGACAGUGCUGCACAAUGAAACAGAGAUACAGAAGAAAGCAAAUGACAAAGGAUUUUACACAACCCAGGCCAUUGAGAAAGCUAAUGAACUAGCUAGUGUUGAAAAGUCCAUUAUUGAGCAUCAAGACCUGUUAAAGCAAAUCAGGUCAUAUCCUUAUAGAAAACUGAAGGAUUCUGAUUUCCAUCCAUAUGAGCCAGUGUGUGCACUGGAUCAAGCUAACCCAAGCUUUGAUCAAGACUAUACUACCUCUAACCCUGAUGAGCCCAGUGAAACGCAUCUUUAUGCACGGAUGCCAUCUUACACCCCUAAACUCAUCAAAGCAAAAUCUGCCAAAUGUUUUGACAAGAAGCUGAAAACCUUGGAGGAACUCUGUGAUGUUUAUUUUUUCACCCAAACUCUUGAUCAGUUAAAUCAAAUAGAGAAAACAUUUAGAGGCGAUGUGUGCUACCUUUUGACCAAUCAGAUCUGUAAAGCACUUUUAAAGCAGCAAAGUAUAACUAACUUCCUUUUUGAAGAUAAGUCUGUUUUAGAUGAAAAACCAGCUGAAAAACAGUACAGUGGUUGUCAGGGAUCUAAUCAAGACACUGUCAACACCAAGUGUUUGGAAGAAUCUCCAAUUCCUAAAGUGUUAAUCAGCUUGGAAUCUUACAAAUCUAGUGUGGAGUCUGUACCUAUCAAGAUGGAGCAGGAGAUUGAAGAUUCCCAAGAACCAGAAGUGACUGAACCUAUUGCUUUUGAACGGGAUAAUUUGGAAUACCUUGAUGCAGACAUUAAAGGGAGUAUUAGUAGCGGUGAAAGCAUUGAGGUUUUGGGAACAGAAAAGUCUACUGCUGUUCUGACAAAAUCUGAGAGCCAGGCAAGUUUGCCUAUCCACCCAAGUCCACAGGUGGUCAGGAGCAAGGCAGUUAGCAGAAGGACCAUCAGUGAGGACAGCAUUGAAGUCCUCAGCUUGUGUCCUUCAGAAUCUUUGAUCCCUGAAGAUUUUAAAGCAAGCUACCCAAGUGCCAUUAAUGAAGAAUCUUAUGCAGAUGAUGAAGGUCGAGGUAUUCACGUCAGCCCGAGUUUAAAUCCAUCUAACGUUGAAGAGAUGGAAGGCAAUUCUGAACAGGAGAAAUUGCCAGUUGAUUCUGCCUGUUGUAUUGGGAAAGAGUCUCCAAACUUUUUAGAGCCUCUACCUGACCUAACACACAAACAUUGUGAUGAUGAUGGUGUGGUCAGUAUUCCACCACAGCCAUAUAGACAGGUGGAUCAGGGAUUUCAUGUGAACUUCACAGACUGUUCUUCACAUGAUGAUGUCUCAGGAGGACUGCUUUCAUAUGAACUUGAUCCGCGUUACUUAAGCAGUAGAGAGGCCAGUAGAAUUAGUCUGGAUGAAUACUCAGACUCCACAAGCUAUGUGAGCAGUGCAGCAUCCACAUGUUCUGAGACUCCUUCUCCGGCUCAUCCUCUCAGUCACUUUAAUGAAAGGCACAAAAAAAAGGCUGGCCAGAAUGCCUUGAAGUUCAUUAGGCAAUAUCCCUUUGCUCAUCCUGCAAUAUAUUCUCUGCUCAGUGGAAGGACGCUAAUAGUGCUGGGGGAAGAUGAAGCAAUGGUAAAGAAACUUGUGACUGCUCUCUCCAUCUUUGUUCCUAAUUGUGGGGUGUAUGCCAAGCCUGUGAAACACUGGGUCACUUCCCCUUUGAAUAUCAUGGAUUUUCAGAAGUGGAAGCUGAUUGGACUGCAGAGAGUGGUUUCCCCUGCUGGUGUUAAUAUGCUGCACUCCUUGGGUCGAUACAGCCGGUACAUCAGCAUUCUGGAUGCAGACAGUAGGACCCUACGCUGCCCCCUUUAUAAAGGAACCCUGGUGCCCAGGCUUGCUGAUCACCGCACUCAGAUCAAACGAGGAAGCACCUACUAUAUGCAUGUCCAAAAUAUUCUAACUCAGCUGUGUUCUAAGGCCUUCCUGUACGCCUUCUGCCAUCACUUGCACCUUCCCAUCAACGAAACCGAAACAGAGGAAUCCAUUGUGUCUCGCAGGAUGAACUUUCUGAAACUUCAUCUGGGACUUGUGAAUGAAGAUGUCAAAGUGGUACAGUACCUAGCAGAGCUGUUGAAAUUGCAGUACAUUCAGGAACCUGUCAGCGGUAUUAACCCUAUGCUCAGAUUUGACUACGUUCCCAGCUUUUUGUACAAAAUUUAGUAUCACCUGGGCUGCCCUUCUGUGGACUCUGAUUUUGAUUUGGCUAUUUACAAAUAUCUGAUAUAUCGGGAAGAA